GCAGCCCUCGGACGGGUUGUGUAGGAUUACGAAAGUCCGUAUACAUACGAAAGCGAACGAACGAAACAGCGACCGCCGAUUGUAGCAAAACAACACAUAACACAACAAAUCCGCCACGUCCAUCCGUCCGCGUCUGACCGUCGGUUUCGCAGGUGUGCGGGAUUGACAUUACGGCAAGUGCCACCCGCCUGGACUUUCCAGUGCAGGUGGUUUGACCCGAAACGAGUUCGAGAUUAAUGAACGCGGGCCGGGUAAUGGUGUUGAUUAAGGUUUUAGAAUUGUUUGACCGGCGUAGACAGAUUAGAUGCAGAAACAAAGUGCGGGAAAGUGAGAUAAUGGUACAUCUCUAUUCGAUGCGUGAAACACAGCCAACGAAUCGCAUUGCUAUUGAUCGUAGUAGCCCGUUGUUUGUAACAUACCGACACGAAGUUAAAGCCCUUAAAAAUGGACUGUCAACAGAAGAGGAGAAUCAAUCGCUCCGGCAACGAUCAUGCAGCACUGGUGAGCCGUUCCAGUGGACGCAAGCAACCCGAGAAGCCUCCAGCGGUGGUGAGGGCCACCCAAUCCGUUUGUAAUCUCUCGAGACUGGCCGCCCCGAAGACGCGCAACAAAUUCACUGUGAUUAAUAAAGUUAAAACAAUUCAGAAGCAACUUUUCUCUGUCCCGAAACCGGAACCUGCAGAACCGUCGUUGUCACCGGUGAAAAGAUUUCCAGUGGAAAAAUCGCUCACUAUGAUCGAGAUAAGUUCGCCUUCCAAGAAGCAGAAGGAACAGGAAACCCACGACCAACAGGAAAACCAAGAGCACCAACAGGGACACGGAUCAUUAGAGGAUCUGCUAGUGGCUGGCCGUUGCUCCUCGGCUACGGCUCUGCCCCGCGAAGGAUUGGAUCGAAUGGUCAGCCGCAGUAGCAAACUGAUCUACGAAACGGGAUUCAAGUUGCUGUUGAAGUGCUACCGGAACAAAAAGAGGGAAAUUCAUCAAUUAAACACGCUACUCUGCAGAAAGGAGAAUGACGUUUCAAAAUUCAACAGUAAAUUUCAAACGAUACAAUCGCUGUAUCAAACCGAAUGCCGAAACCACGAGCUGGCCAGAAGUGAUAUUCGUUCACUGAAGCUGAAACUGAAAAACUUAAAGGCUAAUUUGUUGGAAGAAAAAACAGCCCACCUUGCGAAGGUAUCCGAGCUAGAAGAAUCGCUUGUGCGGCGUGGUGAAUUGCAGUCCCAGCUGACGUCAACGGAGGACGAAUUGGCGAAGGCAAUCAUCUGCUGGCAUGAUUUCGAGUGCAAAUGGAAACAGGAAGAGGAGCGCACUGGGCUGCUGAAAAGCGAAAAGCUGGAGCUAUUGAAACAGAUCGAUAUGCUCGAAGAUAAUUUCAAAAAUUUUGAACAUGAUUACAAUAGAAUGCUUGCUGAUCACAUCAACGCUCAAAACAUGUACGAAGCACGUAUAGGCAGCUGCCAGAGAAAACUUGAAGAAGUUACCAGCCAAUUGGCGGGAUAUGAAAUGGACUGUCAGCUGCUAAAAGAGUGGAACGUCCGCCUGGCGGCUGAUCUGGCCCAGGUCAGAGGAAACUAUCAAUCGACCUACAGUUACCGGAUGAAACAUUUUUUCGCAAAUCUACCUAGGAAGCCCGGCUUUUACGUGCAGUAUGUGAUAUAUCUCCUCGUUCGGGGAGCUCCACUGCCGAAAAGACCGUCUCCAGUGCGGGAUAACUUUCACCAGAUGAAUAUUGUUCGUUUUUGAACAGUUUUUUGAUUUAUUUACUGCUGCCGUUUGUUUUGCUCACCCCAAUGAGAUUUAUUUAGUUUCUUUUUUUUCAAUUAAUUGAUGUAAUAUACAAUUCUUUAUUCUUACUAAGCGGUAUCUUCAUAAUCUGUCGCAAAGCAGCCAGUCAUCCAAUGCUGCAACCAAAUUUGUGACGUUCAAGCUGCUGAUAAUAUCUCACAACAAUAAACAAUA